GCCAGUCAAUUUCAUACAUCAAUCAGGUGCGGUAUAUUUAUAUACGCGACGACAUUAAAAAUUAAAUCGAUAAAUAAUUGCUUAAAUAAAAACAAUUAAAAAAAAAUAUAUUAAUAUUAAUAUUCUCGUUUAAAUACAAACGAUGUAUCUUAGAUAAUCGAGAGAAGAACGAAACGAAAAAAAAAAAAAAAAAAAAUAUCGAAAAUGGAACUCGUAGAGAUAUACAAUUAUUAUUGGAACGAGAGAUCUGAUUCGAGAACGAAUAAUUUACCAUUAAUAGGAUCACCCAUCAUUAUCCCUACCAUUAUAUUUUUAUACUUGUACUUUAUCCUAAAAUAUGGUCCCCAAUUUAUGAAAAAUCGAAAGCCGUACAACCUGAAAACUUUCAUUCAAUGGUACAACGUCUUUCAAAUUAUCGCCAACGCGUAUCUGGUGCAACAAAACAUAAGUGCAGGCUGGUUCUCCGAGAUAAGCGUGUUCUGCGAAAUCCCAGAUUAUUCGUAUAAACCUGGUCCAGUGAAGAUAGCUCAUACAAUGUGGUUAACGACAAUGUUGAAAUUGAUCGAUCUCGUGGAGACGGUGGUGUUCGUGUUGAGAAAGAAGCAGGAACAGAUAUCGUUCUUGCACGUGUACCAUCACGUGUCCACGAUCCUUUUAAUGUGGUUCAUGACGAAAUAUUAUGCUGUUACCAUGGCCUCGUUCGGUAUUUUGAUAAAUUGUGCCGUACACGUGAUCAUGUACACGUAUUAUUAUCUGAGCACGCUUGGGCCGAAUAUGCAAAAAAUAUUGUCUCCGUAUAAACCAAUAAUAACCUCGGUGCAAAUGGUCCAAUUCGUUAUUUGCACACUGUACGCGAUGCAAGCAUAUUCUCCGUCCUGCCCUGUAUCGAAGGUGCCAGUUAACACCGCGAUCUUCCAGUUUAUCAUGAAUUUCUUACUUUUCUACAAUUUUUAUCGGCAGAAUUACAGGAAAUCGGUCCAAAAGAAACAAUGAACGAGACGCGUCGAACGAACGUUUUCAAACAGUUGGGAAUACGAUGGGAAUUAUUCCAUGAAAUUACCAAUAAAGUUUAGAUACGUAUCGUAUUUAUCGAUAAUAUGAGUGUAAGAUAAGAAAUAUUUGUAUAACGACUGUAAUAAUAAAAAAAUAAGAGAAAUUUUAAAGUUAUUUUAAAGUUCAACGAAAGUUCGUGAGUAUUAUAAGAUACAUUAUCAAAAUAAAUUAUUUUAUGCACGAGUGAUGAUUAUUCAAAGAUACGAACUAAAAUGAAAUGUAUAUCAGUCUUGAUUUAAUAAAAAUAAAUCAAAUUCGAUAAAUUUA